GCCAAUCGCAGCACCGGUAAUACGGCUAAACAGUCGGCUCGGAGAAUCGGGAACGCACUGGGAAAAAGGGACCGGCAGGAGGCGAAGACAGUGUCACAAGCAGAAUAAUAAAUUAACUGGGUUAGACAUUCCACAUCCCGGGCAGGAUGUCGGACACAGAGCUGGUGAAGAAGAUGAUGCGGGCCGUGCUGCAGUCCAACAAGAGCGGCGUGUCGGCGGCCAAGCUGCAGGCCGAGUACAAGUCCCUGACGGGGGAGUUUAUCCCCCACAAGCAGAUGGGCUUCGCCUCCCUGGACGAGUUCCUGCAGAGCAUGCCCUCCGUGGUCAAGAUGGAGCGCAACCGCAACGGAGAGGUGAUGUGUUUCGCGACGGUCUGCAAGGAGACGGCACACACCACCCAGUUCGUGGCCCGCCAGCGCUCCUCCAAGAAGACGGGCCGUCCCCAGCUGGUCAACUGCAACAUGAGGGUCAAGCUGUCCACCCCCUUCAUGCUGAACGCCAAGCCAAGGACGUCGCUACGGCAGCCGGACCACAUGGGCCGCACUGGGCGGGGUAUGACACAGGUGUCCUCUGGGGGGCGCUCUGGUGGGCCCGGGGACAUCCGACAGGUGAGCAUGAGGGACACCCAGCCUGAUGGGAGGAUCAGCACACCCCCCCACAACAGAGCCCCCAACACACAGAUGAGGAAACCCAACGUGUCCAGCGACAGGCCAGACAAGAGAAUGACCAUCCCCACCAGGUUUCAGAAGGAGAUGCAGGCUCACCUGUCCAGGAACCCUCAGCAGCCCUGUGCACCGUCGAAUCUGAACGAGAAGCCCAGGUCUCCUCAGUCUGGUGGCUACAACCCACAGGUGGUCCAGAACCGCAUUAAAGAGGUCUUGAACAAGCACAGCAAUGGACUCUGGGUAUCGAAGCUGCCCCAGCUGUAUCGGGAACUGUACAAACAGGACUUUCCCAGCGAGGCCCUCAAGGACCUGGAGCGCUGGACCCACAUCUGCACAGUGGAGAAGAUUGGUAGCGGCAAUCAGAACACAGAGCUGCUGUUGUACCCCGCUAAAAACCUACCCCGCCCUUCUUCCGCCCCCGGAAUGCGGUCUUCCUCCACCCAUAAGACCUCCUCCCCAACACACACCGCGCCCUCCUCCCCCACCCCCAAAUCCCCCCCGAAGCUGGCGCCGGACAUCAAGGUGAAGCUGGCGGAGCUGCUGGUGAAAUACAGCAACGGCCUGUGGGCCAACGCCCUGCCCAAGCUCUUCCAGGAGACCUACAAGACCAGGUUCCCCGAGCACGUGCUCAACGACCUCUCCCUGCUGGCCGACAUCUGCACCAUCGACUACCCCAUGCCCGACAACCCCAAGAAGGCCAUCCUGUACGCCCGGGCGGGCGAGGACGAGAACCAGAACCAGACGGAUCCGGAGGCAACGCGGGCCGGGGAGGAGGCUGGGAGGCGGCUCAGCACCCAGGCUGUGCCCCCCCUGCUCAUCCCCAAGGAGGAGUACCCCUCCGUGCUGGUGGUGGAGGCUGCCAGCACCAGCAGUGUCGUGCUCAGGUACAUCGGUGAGGGCUACUCGCAGGCCCAGGAGGCCCUGGAGGAUGAGAUGCGGGAGUUCUACAGCCAGAGCGGCGCUGCGAAGACCCUGCAGUCCCCCGUCACCGGCCAGCUGGCCGCCGUCAAGGCUGAGGAAGAGGAGGAGAUCCUCCGGGCGCAAGUGUGUGAGGUCAUGGACGACAAGGUCAAGGUUUACUACGUGGAUCAUGGGUUCUCUGAAGUCAUCAGCAAAGGCAAACUUCUGGAGCUGCACGAAAAGUUCUUCAAGCUCCCCUUCCAAGCUGCUAAGUGUAAACUCGCUGGACUGGAGCCCUUCUGCCAGGAGCUAGCGGUGCUGAAGAGGUUCGAAUCUCUGGCCUGCGGGAAGAUCCUGCUGGCGGAGAUCCUGGUGAGGGAGCAGGUUCCCCUGGUGGUGCUCUACGACACGUCGCAGGAUGAUGACAUCAACAUCAACGCCGCCUGCAUGAAGGCGCUGCAGGACAAGUCUCUGGAGAACUCUCUGCAGGUGAACAGUGCCUACAUGAACGUCUGCGUGUCCAACGUGUGCUCUGAUGGAAGCAUCUACUGCCAGCUUCCCUCACGGGGCCAGGCCAAGCUGAAGGAAAUACUGGAGAAAACUGAGGCCUACUUUCACUCUCAGGUCACGUCAGAGUUCCUGGUCUCCAAGCCCUUCUGUGGGAAGUGCUGUCUGGCUCGGUCAAAAGGCAAAUGGUGCCGUGUGGAGAUCACCAACCUGCACGGCAGCAGAGUGCUGGACAUCCAGUUUGUGGACCUGGGCGUGCCCGCCUCUGUGGAGGUCAUCGAGCUGAGGGAGAUCCCGUCCCCCUUCCUGCGUGACCUCAUUGCCAUCCCGCCCCAGGCUGUGAAGUGCUGCCUGGUGGAUUUGCCGGUGGACCUGGGCUCCUGGACGCCGGACGCGGUGCAGUGGCUGAGGGACGCCGUGCUGAACUCCACCGACUGCAGCAUGAAGAUAGCCAAACUGGAUGAGACGAGUAGACUGGCCCACAUCCACCUGUUCACCACCAAGAACAUCUGCGACUUGGAGCGCAGCAUAAACCACCAGAUGGCCGGCCUGGACCUCUGGAAGCACCAGAAGGACGUCUUCCUCAGCAGCCGAGGGCCGCGCAGCACCGGGAGCCCCGCCAAAACCACCAGCACCGCCGGCACCGCCAUCAGCAACGGCACCGGCAGCCCCUCGUCCAAGAAGCCGCCGCCCAAGUCCGGCGACAACCCCCCCGCUGACACCCCUGCCAGUGGCCCCGCCUCCCCCCAGCUGCCCCCCCUCCUGGAGCUGCCCCCGCUGGGCCACAACAUGGACAUCUACGUGUCAGUGGCCUGCCACCCGGGCCACUUCGUGCUGCAGCCCUGGCAGGACCUGUACAAGCUGGUGGUGCUGAUGGGGGAGAUGAUCCUCUACUACAACAAGAUGGAGGAGAAGCCGCUGAGUGUGGACAAGAACCAGAUCUACGCCGCCAAGGUGGAGAACAACUGGUACCGGGUGCUGGUGAAGGGAGUGCUGACCAACGGGAUGGUGUCGGUGUACGAGCUGGACUACGGCAAGCAUGAGCUGGUCAGCAUCACCCAACUGCAGCCUCUCAUCAAUGAGUUCAGACAGCUCCCCUUCCAGGGCAUCACUGCGCAGCUGGCCGGGGUGAAGCCCAGGCAGUGGUCGGAGGAGGCUUCCAUCGUGUUCAGGAACCACGUGGAGAAGAAGCCGCUGGUGGCCCAGAUAGAGGCGGUGCAGGAGGGCCCGCAGCCCUGGGACAGGAAGGUUGUGGUCUACCUUGUGGACACUUCCCAGGAGGAGAAGGACAUCUGGGUGCACGACAUUAUGUCUGAGUUCGCCGACGAGCUGACCCGAGCUGCCUAACGGCUGCUCGUUAUCCCCCCUACCACCCCCCACCCCCCCAACUGACUGGCACAUGACAUGGAGGCUCCGCCCCUUCUGGCACAUGAC